AAUGUAUACUACAAAACCUCCGGAUAUACUUCUAUAAAAAUUCAAUACCUUUUAAACCUCAAUUCAUACGACACACCACAAAAUUGAUGGCAGCUCGAAAAUCACGCUUGUAUUUGGAUUCUUUCAUUCCCGUGAAUCAGACGCACGAUGACAUUGUUAAGAAAAUAUUUCGAUCUGGAAAGUUUGCGUGUACAAUUACUGCGAACUUACAACUUGUUGGAAUUAUCAGUUUGUGUGCAAAUCUAGCCAUUGUAGUGGUAUCGGAUUAUUGUCACUUCCACCCUUGCAAACGAAAAUUGAAUAUUGGAACUGCCAUAGCAACAAUUUGCAACGCUACCGCUUUGUAUUUAAUCUUUUGUUGUGGAUAUGCGGUGAAUAAUCCCAGCUUAUGGGUUCGACUUAACAUAAUAAGUAACUUAACUUUAUCAAUCAUUACAAUCGUAGCGCAAUCCAUGUCAAUGAAAGAAUGUCUGACACUCACCAAGAUACAUAAAUCUCCAGGACCUAUGGCUCUGGUUGGUGGCACCUGCUUACUACUGAGCUGCUUUAGUUUAUUCCUUCUUUACCGAUAUAAAGAAUUAGACAUUGAAAUUAACGACAUAAUAAGAGAACGUAAAGAAUCCGAAGACAGAAACAAUGCAGGCACGAGUACUCAACGCUCUAGCGUUGUGAGAUCUGAAGACGAUCGAAAGCGAUCAGGAAGCGACAAUCCCCACAUGCAUCACAUCAAAGCCAAUAUCUACGUGAAACAAGAAGACGAUACACGGAAAAGCUCUGUGCAUUCACUCGAUGAGUACCGUGGUGUCUCAAAUGGACCCAAACGAAAAGUUUCAGUUUAUUCAAGACCUGAUAUGCAUGGUCAUGUACAUAAACAUUGUAGUCACCGAAUAUUAACGCAUAAUUGCAGAAGAAAAAUUUCAAGUGAUGUCAACGCCCGUAGUGCUAAACAUGAUAGUGAAUAUCCACAGUGCUCAAAAAGCAGAAGAAAAAACUCUUUAUAUACCAAACAUAUAUAAAUUAAUUCUUAUUACUAACCCUGUUAAUAUAUUAAAUAAUAAAGUUAAAUUAAACAAAA